ACGAACGAACACUUGGCCCACUCCAAGGACCCAUCGGCCAUCGCCUCGCUCGCUUCCGACGAUGAUGAGGAGCCUCCUGGCGGCGGCGCUCGCGGUGCUGGGCUUGCUGGCGAGGCCGUCGGAGUGCGCGCGCGCCUUCUUCGUGUUCGGCGACUCGCUGGUGGACAACGGCAACAACAACUACCUCAUGACGACGGCGCGAGCCGACUCGCCGCCGUACGGGAUCGACUUCCCGACGCACCGCGCCACCGGCCGCUUCUCCAACGGCAAAAACAUCCCCGACAUCAUCAGCGAGCACCUGGGCGCCGAGACCACGCUGCCGUACCUGAGCCCGGAGCUCCGCGGGCAGAAGCUGCUGGUCGGCGCCAACUUCGCGUCGGCCGGCGUCGGGAUCCUCAACGACACGGGCAUCCAGUUCGUGGACAUCCUCCGGAUGAGCCGGCAGCUGCGCUACUUCGGCGAGUACCAGGCCAAGCUGCGCGCGCUGGUGGGCGCCGCCCGGGCGCGGCAGCUGGUCCGGCGCUCCCUGACCCUCAUCACCCUCGGCGGCAACGACUUCGUCAACAACUACUACCUCGUCCCCUUCUCCCUGCGCUCCCGCCAGUUCGCGCUCCCGGACUACGUGCGCUACCUCGUCUCCGAGUACAAGAAGAUCCUCAUCAGGCUGUACGCGAUGGGUUGCCGCCGUGUGCUGGUGACGGGGACGGGCCCGCUGGGGUGCGCGCCGGCGAUCCUGGCGCAGCGCAGCCGCAACGGCGAGUGCGCGGCGGAGCUGAUGCGCGCGGCGUCGCUCUUCAACCCGCAGCUGGCGCGGGCGCUGGAUGGGCUGAACGCGCGGUUCGGCGCGGGGACCUUCGUCGCGGCGAACGCGUUCCGCGUCCACUUCGACUUCGUCAGCGACCCGGCGGCGUACGGGUUCGCGACGGCCACGGAGGCGUGCUGCGGGCAGGGUCCCCACAAUGGGCUGGGCCUGUGCACGGCGGCGUCCAACCUGUGCGCCGACCGGGGGCGCUACGUGUUCUGGGACCCCUACCACCCCACGGAGCGCGCCAACCGGAUCAUCGUCAGCCAGUUCAUGAGCGGGUCUCUCGACUACGUCAGCCCCAUGAACCUCAGCACCGUCCUCGAGAUGGACGCCAGGCUGGGCGCCUGAUCCAUGGAGAGCCAGGCGAACGGUCGAGCUGCCGACGUGGCGCUUGUGCCGGCUGUCGUGUAUGCACGUAGUAUAAAUUAACAGCAUUGUGUGUGUGUGUGUGUGUGUGUGUGUGUGUGUGUGUCCAUGUGUUCGGUAGUACAAAUUGGUAAGGUCCUCGUGGAAGAAGGAUGGAUAUUCGGAUGACGUGUCAACACGAGAAUGGUUGUGUAGUGUACACGCAGGAAAGAAUUGGAACGGGAUCGUGAAUAAUUUGAAGAGUUCAUUCAGCAAUUGGGUGGACCGACGACGAGCGGUACGGUGGAGGCAGGCGACGGACGGUCUGGACCAGAGUAUUUUUGUUUGGGCCGUCUGCCUCGGCGUCGGCUUUGGGCUCAUUUAACUCGUAUAAGCUUCCAAAAGUUGGGUUUAGAAUA